UGUUGUGCUAGUAGAUUUACUGUGAGAUGUCUGUGUUCUUACUGAGUUUUAUUGCAUAACAUUGACUAAACUAAGUCUUUUCCCUUCUUUUCGCUUGGYAAACAAUUGCUUUCGAUAUACAAUCAGCAAAAUGCCUCCAACAAUAGCUACGAUUGCUAAUGCCCAAGAAAUUGGCGCAAAAAUGGAUGUUAGAAGUCGAAUAGAGGCAACUUUGAAGAAGCGAAUUAUGGUUUUCGAUGGUGGAAUGGGAACGAUGAUUCAAAAUCGUCAUCUAGAAGAGGAAGAUUUUAGAGGACAUGAAUUCCAAAACCAUCCAAAGCCUUUGAAAGGAAACAAUGAUUUGCUGAGUAUUACAAGACCAGAUAUAAUAUAUGACAUCCAUAAGGCAUACUUGCUAGCAGGAGCAGAUUUCAUUGAGACAAAUACUUUCAGUGGCACAAGUGUAGCACAGGCUGACUAUGCACUUGAACAUAUGGUUUAUAGAUUAAAUAAGACUUCUGCUGAAAUUGCCAAAAGGGCGUGUGCUGAUGUAACAAAUGAAACAGGUGUUGAAAGGUUUGUGGCUGGUGCUUUGGGACCUACMAACAGAACACUGUCAAUAUCACCUGCCGUUGAAAAUCCAGGAUACAGAAACAUCACUUUUGAUCAACUCGUGGAAGCAUAUACGGAACAGGCCAGAGGACUUCUGGAUGGUGGAGCAGAUAUCCUUUUGGUAGAGACAAUAUUUGAUACAGCCAAUUCAAAGGCUGCAUUGUUUGCUAUAAGCCAAYUGUUUGAGAAAGAAUAUGAAAAAGUCCCUAUUUUUAUAUCUGGUACUAUAGUUGAUAAAAGUGGUCGUACACUAUCAGGUCAGACAACAGAAGCUUUUGCUGUUAGUGUUUCUCAUGCUGACCCAAUGUGUAUUGGACUAAACUGUGCCCUUGGUGCUGUGGAAAUGAGACCAUUCAUUGAAGCCGUAGGAUCGUUCACAGAACAUUAUGUUAUUUGUUAUCCAAAUGCAGGACUUCCCAAUACAUUUGGUGGGUAUGAUGAGACACCUGAAACAACAGCUCAUCACCUUAAGCAAUUUGCCCAUGAUGGUUUAGUCAAUAUCGUUGGAGGCUGCUGCGGAACAACCCCUGAUCACAUAAGAGCCAUAGCAGARGCUGUAAAACCCUAUAAACCUAGAGUACCUCACCGAGGUCAACAUGACGAUGCACUGCUGUUGAGUGGAUUGGAGGCUGURGCCAUCACACCAAGUGUUAUUUUUGUCAACAUUGGCGAGCGAUGUAAUGUUGCYGGGUCAAGGAGGUUUUGUAGACUAAUUAAGAAUGGAAAAAUGGAGGAAGCGCUGGCAGUUGCCAAGCUACAAGUAGAAAAUGGCGCUCAAAUCCUUGAUAUCAACAUGGACGAAGGCAUGUUAGAUGGAGUUAGUUCCAUGACGAAAUUCGUCAACCUUAUUGCUUCAGAACCAGAUAUAGCUAAGGUUCCUCUGUGUAUCGAUUCUUCAAAUUUCGAWGUCAUUGAGGCUGGUCUAAAGUGCGCUCAAGGAAAAUGUAUCGUGAACAGCAUAAGCUUGAAAAAUGGAAUUGAUGACUUCCUGGAGAAAGCUCGCAUUAUAAAACGAUAUGGUGCAGCCGUUGUUGUCAUGGCUUUUGAUGAAGAAGGACAAGCAGCAGACAGGGACCGGAAAGUUGCUAUUUGCGAACGUUCUUAUCGGAUAUUAGUUGACGAAGUUCACAUGAACCCAAAUGACAUCAUCUUUGAUCCCAAUAUUCUCACCAUAGCAACGGGUAUCGAGGAACACAACAAUUAUGGGAAAUACUUCAUAGAGGCUACCCAAAUUAUCAAGCAAACUCUUCCAUGUGCACGUGUGAGCGGUGGCUUGUCGAAUUUCUCUUUCUCGUUUCGUGGAAUGGAGACCAUUCGUGAAGCUAUGCACAGUGUGUUUCUUUACCAUGCCAUCAAGGUUGGUCUUGACAUGGCAAUCGUCAAUGCUGGUCAGCUUCCUGUCUAUGAUGACAUUGAGCCCGGUUUGCUUCAGCUCUGUGAAGACUUGUUGUGGAAUAGAGAUCCUGAUGCUACUGAGAAACUACUAAAACUUGCUGAGUCUAUGGGACCAGGUGCKAAGAAACAAGUGGCAACGGAUGAAUGGCGAAACUGUCCAGUUGAAGAGAGACUUGAGCAUGCACUUGUCAAGGGCAUCGAUAAGUAUGUAGUUGRRGACACUGAAGAAGCAAGAAGCUGUAUUACCAAAUACCCUCGACCACUCAACGUUAUUGAAGGACCACUGAUGAAGGGUAUGGGGGUCGUUGGUGAUCUGUUUGGCGCCGGGAAAAUGUUCCUCCCUCAGGUUAUCAAGUCAGCCCGAGUGAUGAAGAAAGCUGUUGGGUAUUUGAUUCCUUUUAUGGAAGAAGAGCGUCAGAAGAGACUCGCUUGUAAAGRCAAUGAUGAAGACAAAUCGUUAAAGGACCAGUAUAACGGAACAAUAGUGCUUGCAACGGUCAAAGGCGACGUCCAUGAUAUCGGCAAAAACAUAGUUGGUGUUGUUCUUGGUUGUAAUAACUUCAGAGUUAUCGAUCUUGGAGUAAUGACUCCAUGUGAAAAGAUAUUAAAGACCGCUAUAGAUGAAGGAGCAGACAUCAUCGGACUUUCUGGUCUCAUAACACCCUCUUUGGACGAAAUGAUUCACGUUGCCAGGGAAAUGGAAAGACAAGGGAUGAAAUUACCGCUUCUGAUUGGUGGAGCUACGACGUCUAGGACGCAUACUGCUGUAAAAAUCGCUCCUCGAUACACUGAACCGGUGGUCCACGUACUAGACGCGUCAAAAAGCGCCGUGGUGUGUACGGCCCUUCUGGACGAAAAGCAACGUGAYGAGUUUGUUGAUGAAGUCAGUGAGGAAUACGACGAAAUUAGAGAGGAACAUUAUGACUCACUCAAGGAUCGACGAUACCUCGCCAUCAACGACGCACGUGAAUUGAGCUUAAACCUUGAUGUCAUCGACGUCAAACCAGUUCGGCCGACGUUCCUAGGGAUCAAGUUGUUAGAGAAUUACGACCUGGAGGCCGUUAUACCAUAUAUUGACUGGAAACCAUUCUUYGAUGUCUGGCAACUAAGAGGCAAAUACCCUAACAGGGGGUACCCUAAGAUAUUUAACGACAAGACAGUUGGUGAGGAAGCAAAGAAGGUGUACAACGAUGCACAGGAAAUGCUCCAACAAAUUGUAUCUACCAAGUCUCUACAUAUCGUUGGUCAGGUGGCUUUUUACCGCGCAAACAGUGUCAAUGAUGAUAUUUAUGUAUUUGAUGAAAUCCAGUCAAAGACAGGAACACCCAAAGCGGUAUUCCAUGGGCUAAGACAACAGGCUCAAAAAGAGCAUGGUAUCGAGGAACCUUACUACUGCAUAUCAGAUUUCAUUGCUCCUUUGGAGUCUGGGGUGGAGGACUACAUAGGCUGUUUUGCUGUGUCAUGUAUGGGGGCUGAAGCCAUGGCUCAUGAGUAUGAAGGCGAGCUAGAUGAUUACAGUGUUAUCAUGGUAAAGGCAUUGGCUGACAGAAUAGUCGAGGCAUUUGCUGAAGAACURCAUGAGAGAGUUCGCAAGGAUUUCUGGGGGUAUGACAGUGAUGAGGAUUUGAACGCCAAAGAUCUGCAUAGAAUCAAAUAUCAGGGUAUAAGACCAGCCUUUGGAUAUCCAAGUCAGCCUGACCACACUGAAAAACUCAUCAUGUGGGAGCUGAUGGACACGGCGGCUAAGACUGGUAUACGUUUAACCGAGUCAUUAGCGAUGGACCCUGCUGCUUCGGUGUCUGGUUUAUACUUCGGUCAUCCACAAUCCACGUUAAGGAUUAUGCUGAGAGAAAGGGAGUAGAAGUUCAAGAAGUUGAGAGAUGGCUUUCGAGUAUAUUAUCAUACGAUGCGGAAUACUAAAACAAAUUGGGAAUGUAAUAUAAUAGGAACAUUUAAUCUACAAUUUUAUCUACAAAAACCAUCACUAUACACCUUUGGGGACAAUCAUUUGCUACGAAAGGAAUCGUCUUUUCGAGUGAUUUGAAUAGCAAAGACAAAAAUCACCUGGAGUGAAUUCAAAUACAAUUUGCGUGAUGGCCGUGGACAAAUUAAUCUGUCACGUCAGGGUAGUGGCAGCCUACAACUAAAAAUUCUUAGCACAGGAUUUGUGCUUUCCGUUUUCAAGUGCACUUGAAAGACUUAAAAAACCUUGAAAAUCAGGGAAAACGCUGAAACUCUUGGAAACUCCUUGGAUUUGAUUCAAUGUACCCUUGCGUUAAAGUUUUUAACUGAAAUGUGAAGAGGUUCGUAGAAUUCAUACCCGGAAGUGUCCACAAACAUUAAACACGUGAUCUUAAAGAUGGACAUUGAACAAUGUGGGAUAAAAGCAAAGUUUUUUAACCCUGUAAUCAAUUAAAAUAUAAUCACCUGGAUGUGACGUAGAUCAGACAUUUGAGAUUGACAUAUUGAAUUGGGUUUGUUGAAAUUAAAUGAUAUUUAUUGUACACUUUUA